UUAGUGAUUUUAUUAAACUGUGUAACGUUAGCCAUGUACAAUCCAUUUGACAAGACCUGCGCUACAAAGAAAUGUCAAAUUCUUGAGAUUCUAGAGACUGCUAUCUACGCCUUUUUUGUGGUGGAGAUGCUGAUAAAAUGGAUGGCUAUGGGAGUUCUUGGUGAUUUAGGAUACUUCAAAGACUCUUGGAAUAAACUGGAUUGUUUCAUUGUUCUUGCAGGAACAUUUGAACUUGCCUACGGUGAAGGAAAAUAUUUGAGUGCUGUCAGAUCAGUUCGUGUCUUGAGACCAUUAAGAGCAAUAAAUCGAGUUCCAAGCAUCCGUAUUUUAGUUAUGCUUUUGCUGGACACGUUGCCAAUGUUAGGCAAUGUUCUGGCAAUUUGUUUUUUGAUUUUUGCAAUAUUUGGGAUCAUUGCUGUUCAACUUUGGCAAGGUCUUUUACGUGCUCGCUGUUUUCCACAAGACCUUAACAAUAGCAUCAUUAAACAGUAUAAUUUGGCAGAGUUUUACCGUCCAUCAUUCAAUGGAUACUUUGUGUGUUCAUUGCCAGAAAAUAACGGCUUAUCUAAAUGCAAUCCUCAUAACUUUAAUCCGUACAAGGUCAACAAUAAAGUGUGUAACCAAAGUUUCCUUACGACCGAGAACACGUCAUCAUCACAUUGCGUGGACUGGUACCAAUAUUAUACGUUGUGUCGGCAAAGUGGAGAAAAUCUCUACUGGGGUUCAGUAUCUUUUGAUAACAUUGGUAUGGCAACAGUUGUAAUAUUUCAAAUCAUCACUCUCGUUGGAUGGUCAGACAUUAUGUAUAAAAUACAAGAUGUACAUUCCUUUUGGAAUUGGAUUUAUUUCGUGUUUCUUGUUCUUCUUGGUUCUUACUUCAUGACAAAUCUCUUUUUUGUUGUGAUAACGUCACAAUUCCAAGAAACCAAACAACGCGAGAAGGAGCUAAUGAAAAAAUCGCGCCGGCGAUCUCGGACCAGCGUCAGCACGGUAUCCUCAAGUUUGACGCAGCAAGGAUGUUAUACACAGUUGUUGCAAUAUCUUGAGCAUAUUUGCCGUCGUUUUAAAAAGUACAUUUGUUCCAAGAUCAAAAUGGACAAGGAGUCUAAACGUCGACGUGUUCCAUCUUCUAUGCAACUAAAGAACCGUAUGGAUAAUGUAGAAUCUAUCCAUCAUCAUCACCACCAUUACCACUAUUGUCACCAUUAUGUACAUCAUCAUCCAUGUCAAUGUGAAAAUGAGAUCACAUAUUCCCCUCAGACUUCAAACUCACCUGACAUAUCAACAGAACAAUCCAGACAUCCUUACCUCCAGUCGAUUGACCAUACAUUACAAAUGUCAUGCGAUACAUCCGAUUUAAAAAUUGAUCCGCAUAUUCAUGUUAAUGCUCAAGCGACAACGGCGCUCUACCAGGAUACUGGAGACAACUCAUCAGGAAAAAUGGUUUCCACAGCAACAACAAAUAUAAAUAUUGAUGGUGAUGAAUGUUCAAAAAACGUCAUUACGUACAGUAAAACCGCUGCCCCAGUUAAUGCAAUUGCAACAAAGGCAACUGAAAAGACCUUGGAGGUGGCGUGCUCUUGUGCAGCAAGACAUUCCGAGGACGAAAAUGUUAACGUGAUUAAGAAUGCUUGUAAUGAUUUUAUAUAUUCUUUUGACGACGACGAUGUGGAUAGCCAAAAUACGAAGAAAAAAUGUUGGGUCAGAAUACGUAACAAUCUCAAAGCAUUUGUUGAAAGUAGACAUUUUAUGACGUUCAUCAUGGUGUCUAUAUUUCUGAACACGAUAAGUAUGGCCAUAGAGCAUCAUGGGCAGCACAAAAAAAUGACCGAUAUUUUGGAAAUAUUCAACGUCAUAUUUACGUCAAUUUUCGCGUUAGAAAUGUUGAUAAAAAUUGCUGCACUUGGACCUUACGGUUAUAUCAAAGAUGCGUAUAAUCUGUUUGAUGGUGCGAUUGUCAUUGUAAGUUUUAUAGAUAUUUUAGCUGAAAGCGGUACGGGUGGUUUGUCUGUUAUGAGAUCAUUUCGACUAUUGAGAAUAAUCAAACUUGUUCGUUUCAUGCCAGAGUUGCAACGUCAGUUGGCGGUUAUGGUACGAACUUUAGAUAACGUCAUGUCUUUUCUGGCGUUACUUGUUUUGUUCGUAUUUACAUCAAGUAUUUUGGGGAUGCAUCUUUUGAGGAAAUUCCAGUUUGCAAGCGAAGAUGGUCAGCUGGUCACAUCGCGGGAUAAUUUUGACACUUUAUUUUGGGCGCUUGUUACAGUGUUUCAGAUUCUGACUCAAGCAGACUGGAAUGUGGUUCUGUAUGACGGCGUCCGUUCUCUCUCAUCGUGGUCUUCUCUUUAUUUUAUAUUUAUUAUGGUCAUUGGAAACUUUAUUUUAUUUAAUCUCCUCGUUGCUAUCAUUGUCGAAGGUUUUAUUGAUCACGCCGUUGCUGAAAACGACGAGCUUUUGCUAAAAAAAGAGCAAUUGCAAACGGAAACGUCUCCAGCGUCGUCAAAAUUAGGUCUGAAUCUGUGCAUAUCAGAAAAAGAACAAUAUUUAUCUUGCCCAGACCUCCACAAAAUGUACCCCAAAUAUCUCAAACACUCCCAGCAGCUCAUCAGAUGUUCGUCCGUACCCUCCCAGCCUUGGAACGAGUACAAACGUGGCAAAACAUCUUCACAUUUCCAGAUUUUACCUUUGAAUGGAGUAGAAACAGAAAAAGAUGCGAAGAAAGAUUACAAAGUACGAUUUCAAUUUCCUCAAGAUGAGAAUACGUCUCUGGUUUUUCAAAUUGUCGAGCAAGUUGAAAAUGAAAACGAAACCGUUGACAAUUAUGCCACGUCAUGUUUGAAGCGUCGUCAAGAUUGGUCACUUUUUGUCUUUUCACCAGAAAAUAAAUUUCGUCGACUUGUCGUCAAAAUUCAUCAGCAUCCAUGGUUUGAUCGAGUGGUAUUGCUGUUUAUCUUGAUAAAUUGUAUUGUUAUGGCAAUGGAAGAACCUGGAUUGGACAAGAACAGUGAGAUGGGACAGUUUAUUCAAAUAAUGCAGUAUAUUUUCACAGCAGUAUUUACGAUUGAGAUGUCUAUCAAGGUGAUAUCUAUGGGUCUUAUCAUUGGUCCUGAUACAUAUCUAAAAUCUGGUUGGAACAUCGUCGAUGGAAUCCUUGUACUUAUUUCAUUGGUUGAUCUUAUCGUUUCCUUGACAACAGAGGGCAGUGGUGGAAUCUUGGGAAUUCUAAGAGUAUUUCGAGCGUUUAGAACCUUAAGACCUCUACGAGUUAUAAAUCGCGCUCCUGAGUUAAAAUUGGUUGUUGAAACGUUGAUCAGUUCACUAAAGCCGAUCGGAAAUUUUUCUCUUAUAGCUGCUACGUUUUUUGUUAUAUUUGGAAUCUUGGGUGUACAGUUGUUUAAAGGCAAAUUCUAUUCCUGCAACGGUGCUAAAUCAUCAUUAAAAAUAAAUAACAAAGAUCAGUGUAUUUCAAACGGUGGAAACUGGAUGAACAACGUGUACAAUUUUGACAACUUGGCUAGCGCUUUAUUAACACUUUUUGUGUUUUCAACAUGUGAUGGCUGGACGGCCAUAUUGUACUCAGGCAUUGAUGCAGUUGAUGUUGACAAACAACCAAAACGUGAUUACGCCAAGUGGAAUAUUUUGUAUUUUAUUGCAUUUCUUCUGAUUGCUGGUUUCAUUGUAAUGAACAUGUUGGUUGGUAUUGUGAUCGAAAACUUUCACAAAUGUCGCGAUGAACAGAAGUUGAAGGAACAAAAUUCAUCCUCUAGAGAGACAGUGAAUAGAAGAUCAAAUUCACCAAGAAAUUCAAUUUCAGAAAUCGCUGAUCCUAGCAUUCCUGAAUGGCGCAAGAAAUUGCUUCGAUUUGUUACUCAUGCGUAUUUUGAUCUAGCCAUUGCUAUUGUUAUUGGUAUCAAUGUUGUUUGUAUGGCUAUGGAGCAUUACAACCAACCCAAAAUGUUGACCUUGUGUUUACAAUACGCAAACUAUAUAUUCACUGUCUUGUUCGUGUUGGAAGCAGUUCUUAAAUUAAUCGCUUUUGGAAUAAGAACAUAUUUUAAAGACAGAUGGAAUUGUUUGGAUAUGUUCAUUGUAAUCUUGUCAAUUGGUGGGAUUAUAUUAGAUGAGUUAGCAACAUCUGAUCUACCGAUCAAUCCAACCAUCAUACGUGUUAUAAGAGUUCUGAGAAUAACUAGAGUGUUGAAGCUUUUGAAAACAGCAGAAGGAAUCCGUUCUUUGUUGGAUACCAUUGGUAAAGCAUUACCACAGGUCACCAACUUAGGAAUUCUUUAUGUUCUUCUUUUUUUCAUUUUUGGAGCUUUAGGAAUGGAGUUGUUCGGUCGUAUAUCUUGUAACGAAAAUGAAUGUAAUGGUUUAGAUGACACACAUGCACACUUUCAAAAUUUUGGCUACUCUGUUUUAACCUUGUUUCGUGUAUCUACAGGAGAUAACUGGAUUGGAAUAUUACAGGACACAAUGAGUUCAAAAAUAUGCAAGUCCGGUGAAACAGAGGGAUGUGUUAUCAUCAAUAAUAUUGCUCCUAUCUUUUUCUCUUCAUUUGUUCUUAUAACACAAUUUGUCCUCCUCAAUAUUGUCGUUGCCGUUUUGAUGAAACAUUUGGAGGAAUCAAAAUUGGCAGACUUGGAUGAAAAUACAUUAUCUGACGAGAAUGAUUCUAAUGAAGGGAUGCAGUCGAAAUCGCCUAUUGAAUGUUCCAAUCAAGAAGCUUGCGUGUUGAAUAAUCCUUCUUUACAAUGUGAAGAUUUGACUUCUGUUCAUGAAAUUUCUCGCGCUCUUGUGAGCCCUUCGCAAACAUCGAUUUCCAACGAAAGAAUGAACACAAACCGCUCUGAGUUGUCUGUAAAGGGUUCAAAUAAAGAAAUUGAAGAUGGUUAUAAAGUGUCAAAAGACGAACAAAUAAUUGAUGAUGAAGUUUUUCUCGAGAAAUGAGCAAUAAAGAACAUUUUUUUAUGGAAGCAGAACUCGAUGUUUUACAGAACUGUGGCAGAAGAUUUCCAUGAAAUGUAGCGAACCGAGUACUGACUAACACUCUUUAAAUGAACGAUGAUCUUAGGUGAACGUUGUUGUACAUUAAAGGAUUAUGCAAGUACCCUGAGGGAUGAAAAUGAUAGACAGUCAGACAGAGUUAAUGGUUUGAACCAGUUGAAGAGUGAAGUGUUUAAAAACUUAAAUUUUUGCAAAGAGAGCGACAUGACUGAUGAAGCAAACAUAUUACAGAUACCAGUACCAGACCUGUCAAAUACGUAUUCAGACAUUUCAACAAAGAGUUGAAAUGAUGAAGGGGGUACUGGAGAAAGGUUAAAUGGUACCGGUCUGAUUAAUCUUUAAACUUUAGGAGAUCAUUAAUUGUACUUGCGGGGCAGUGUACGAUGAACAAAAUCCAUCAGGAGGUAGCUGUGUGAAUAUUUUAAGCAAACCACUCUAAGGUGAAACAGGACGCCGUGCAAGGAUUGACUAACUUUACCUGAAACAGGACGCCGUGCAGUAAGAUCGGAUCGUAGUAAAAAAAUAUAUUUUCUCCCUAGCAAUGCAUGGUGGGAAGCAA